AUGGAUCACAACAGCAUUGAGUCCAAGAGCGGCGGCGGCGGAGCUAACUCAGAGCAGACAAUUGUCUUCCCCGCCGUCCACCCCCGUUCAACUCAUCCACAUAUCACCCCUGUGGAUCGACAGCAUCAGUCGCGAUUGGCAUCUGAUGACUCGAGCCUUAGCAUCUCACUGUAUGGCUAUAACGAUCAAUAUCUGGCAAAAGAGUCGUCCAACUGUACGCCCACCCUUGACCCGAAUGAUGCGCAGCCGGAAGCUAUAUUCUCUUCUGACAAUCUAUGCAGCUCGGUCGCAUUACAGGGUAGCAACGCUGCAGAGCUGAAGGUCGAGGAAUCUAACUUUAGGGUAACCUAUCCCGACCUGCAAGGAUUCGAUGCUCAGGCUCCGUUGUAUGAGCCACGACUCGCCCAAGUCCCCCCUCAUGUUCCACAGUCUUCUCGCUAUCCUCACUACUCUUCUACAGUUCAUGAGAGUAAGCCUGAGUUGGAUCGAGUGGAUCGGUGCUCACGUUGGGGUACCACAUCCCUCCCCCCCACCGCCGGCCGGUACACCGGUGAAUGGGGGCCGAUGGAAGCAUCUCCUCCGUUUUACCAGAGUGCCACCCCUUCGCAGUUCGAACAUGCUACUUUACCAGCCUCUUCAGGUCACCUUCACGGCGAUAACUAUCAGUCGCUGCCAGAGGUGGGAAGCUCGAGCUCGCUGCACAACCCUCACCUACCCUUCCCUCAAGCUCGCACCAACACGUACCCCUCUGCUCUAUCGUCGCCAAUGCAUCCCGUACAUUACACACAGCCUCACGCCUCGGAUGCGUACGGCGGCGCUUCUCAGCUUCCCUAUCAUCCUCGCUACGCUAACCACGCGCACGGCGCACAACCAUACCCGCACGACCACUACCGCAACGGGACGUACGCCCUUGUCUCGGAGAAGCCUCCAGUGACGUACGAACACCCUGAGCCUCCUCCGCGCGAUUAUUUUUGCCAGUGGGUGACCGACAACCGGGGCACGGUGUGCAACAUUCUCCUCGACGACGUCACACCCUCGGGCAUCACGCGGCACCUGCGGGAGCACCACUUCCCCUCCAGCGAGUGGAACAAGUCGUACCGUGGAAUAUGCCGGUGGGGCGGUUGCACCCGUUCUGAGAUGGACUACGCGAGCUUUGGGAAGCACAUCGCAUCGGUGCACCUCCGCGGUGCGGUGCUGUGGGAGUGCGAGUACUGCACGAGGGACUUCUCUCGCCGGGAUGCGAUGAAGCGGCACUUGAAGACGUGCCCGAGGAGUCCGACUUCCGAGAAAAAUGCAGGUCCGUCCCGGCGUGCUGGGAGACACUCUUCCAGCCUGAGCCCAUAA